CUAGUUCAGUUCUAGUUCAGUUCUAGUUCUAGUUCAGUUCUAGUUUAGUUCUAGUUCAGUUCUAGUUCAAUUCAAUUGUGCUUGCAAUAGAAAUCGAAGCCGUUCAUUUUCCGCAGUAUUUACUUGACAAUGAAAUCAUUCAUUACAUUUUUGCAACUCGUAAGCAUAUUUGUUUACUGCAAUUGUCAGUCAGCAGGACAUCUUGAAAACAAACGUAAAUGGCUGGAAAUUGAUAAUAAUUUAUAUCGUAUUGAAACUGAGCCUAAGUACACUUGGAAAGAGGCAAAGUCCGCAUGUCUAGAAGAACAUUUAAAUUUAAUAACUCUAAAAAGCCAUUACGAUUAUGUGAAACUGAAAGAGGCCCUUAAACUUGAAAUUAAAACUGAUUCAUCGUUUUGGAUUAAUACGAAAGAAAAAAUGGCAAAUGUUUUGCAGGGUUUAAGCAAGCAACAGAAGUGCAAAAAAAUAGAUACGAGAACAUUUAAGGCAGAAAUACGCGAUUGCCAGCAUAGACUGGGUUUUAUAUGCCAGCGAUCAUUUUUCAAAGACUUUUCCACAUUUAAUGACGGCAUGAAAAUCUAUUUUGUGGAACCACAUGGAAAAGUAUGUUUUAAAUUUAAACACCCUUAUUCAUCAACAACAUUUUAUUUUAUAUAA